AUGCUUAGUGGUAGUAUUUUUUCCAGACACUGUAAUAUGGUGCUAGAGGACGUGAAAGAAAUGUGGAUGGAACUGCCGAAGACCGGUAAAGGCAAAAAGAAGGCGGAAACGACGGCCAAGGAUCGGUACAUUUCGAAAAUGUUUUUGCGUGGUGAUUCGGUAAUUAUUGUUGUAAAGAAUCCAUCGGGUUAUACGCAAAAAACAGUCACAACCACAACUAGCUGA